CCCGUCUCUCAUCAUUUUUGUCAAAGAACUAAACCAACCAAACAAAGUCUGUUUACCAGUAAUAUCAAUCGAUCGCCAUUUUUUACUACUUUUCUCUCUCUCAAAGCUCUUCUAGAGUUUCUUUUUAUCUCCGACGGUCCGACCAAACUUAAACCUUCUCUUCUUUUCUACUCUCAGAGAUAAGAUAUGGAUGCCGUGACGGCGAGUUUGGUUCGCUCUCCCGUCUUACCACCUAGAACUUCCGACAACGGUUCUGGAUCUAUGUUCCUUACCGCCAGUGGCCCUGGGUUCACGCGUUCUGGUUCAAGACUUCGACUUCGUUUCAGGCAAAACGCGUUGCAAAGCUUAACAACGACUGCUAAAACUCGGAGAAAUUUUGUGGUUAGAGCUUCUUCAGCGUCUAGUGAUGCUUCCUCUGGUGCUUCACCCAAACCGAUCGCACCGCUUCAGCUGGAGUCGCCUGCUGGUCAGUUUCUGUCUCAGAUUUUGUUGAGCCAUCCUCAUCUUGUGCCUGCAGCUGUUGAACAGCAGCUUGAGCAGCUCCAAACUGAUCGGGACUCUGAGGGACAGAACAAAGAUGCUUCUUCCGUUCCUGGAACCGACAUCGUUCUUUACAGGAGGAUUGCAGAGUUGAAGGAAAACGAGAGAAGAAGGACGUUGGAAGAGAUUUUGUACGCAUUGGUGGUUCAAAAGUUCAUGGAAGCUAACGUAUCACUUGUACCAUCAGUAAGCCCAUCUUCUGGUCCGUCUGGUCGUGUUGAUACUUGGCCGACCAAAGUAGAUAAACUUGAGCAACUUCACUCUCCCGAGAUGUACGAGAUGAUUCACAACCAUCUAGCACUGAUUCUUGGAAGCAGAAUGGGUGAUCUGGCCUCUGUUGCACAGAUAAGCAAGCUCAGAGUUGGACAAGUUUAUGCUGCUUCUGUCAUGUAUGGAUAUUUCUUGAAGAGGGUGGACCAAAGGUUUCAGCUUGAGAAAACCAUGAAGAUUCUUCCAGGUGGGUUGGAUGAUAAUAAAACAAGCGUUGAUCAAACAGAGCGGCCUUCGGCUGUAUCGUCUCACCCAGAGGUUGGUGCAUUUGCGGGCGGAGUUAGCGCUAAGGGCUUUGGCAGCGAGAUUAAACCAUCCCGGUUAAGGUCAUACGUGAUGUCGUUUGAUGCAGAGACGCUUCAGAGAUACGCCACUAUAAGAUCAAGAGAAGCAGUUCGGAUCAUUGAGAAGCACACAGAGGCGUUGUUUGGUAAGCCUGAUAUCGUAUUAACACCGGAAGGCACGGUGGAUUCAUCCAAGGACGAACAGAUAAAUAUCAGCUUUGGUGGGAUGAAGAGGCUCGUCUUGGAGGCUGUGACUUUCGGAUCGUUCCUCUGGGACGUAGAGAGCCAUGUGGAUGCAAGGUACCACUUUGUAUUGAACUAGAAAAUGGUCUGUAAUGCAAUAGACUGUAAUGCAAUAGACUAACUUAUGUAACAUAAAAAGAAACCCAUUAAGGGUAUCAUUACAGUUGUAUCAAAAUCCGAGAUAAAAUAUCGUACAUUUAUAUGAUAUUGUGAUGGGAUAAA